AUACUGUAAUGGAAUAGAAAUUUACUAAUAAAAAUCGUACUCUCUGUGUGUUUUGCCAAAAGGGUUAUCUCCGUCUCCAUCUGAAUCUCUGAUCUGCCAAAAUUUUCCCCAGAUUUGCAGUCGGUUCAUCUUCCUUUAAAUCAGUGAUUAAUUCAUCGGAACCGGAUCUCUGCCUCUCGUUCCCCCAUUUUGAUUUCCUUUUUUUUUUCUGAUUUUUUUCGUUAAAUUAGGUGUAAUAAUCAGUGCGGAAGACGUUUUCAAAAGAAGAUAAUUGAAGUGUUUUCUCAUUAGGGAAGCAAGUUUACUGCAUUCUGCGUUCGGAUAUUUGGUUCAAAGGAAAGGAAAAAUGAUAAACAAGGCGCAUGUAUUGACGUAUUUCUAUCUAUUGAUCUACAUUUUGCUUUCUUCAGGCGUUAUAUUGUAUAACAAGUGGGUUCUGUCUCCCAAAUACUUCAAUUUUCCUUUUCCUAUAACGUUGACAAUGAUUCACAUGGCAUUCUCCGGAAUCGUUGCAUUUUUUCUUAUCCGUGUUUUCAAGGUUGUAGCUCCUGUCAAAAUGACGUUUGAAAUAUAUGCAACUUGUGUAGUACCUAUAAGUGCCUUCUUUGCUUCAAGUCUUUGGUUUGGUAACACUGCCUAUUUGCAUAUAUCUGUGGCAUUUAUCCAGAUGCUCAAAGCUCUUAUGCCAGUGGCAACAUUUUUCAUGGGUGUAAUGUGUGGCACUGAUAAACCAAGGUGCGAUGUGUUCUUAAACAUGGUGCUGGUCAGCGUUGGAGUUGUCGUUUCCUCAUAUGGGGAAAUUCAUUUUAAUAUAGUUGGCACAGUUUAUCAGGUCACGGGCAUCCUAGCUGAAGCUUUGAGGCUGGUCUUAACUCAAGUCCUACUGCAAAAGAAGGGCUUGACUCUAAAUCCAAUCACCAGCUUAUACUACAUCGCACCCUGCAGUUUUGUGUUUCUUUUUGUGCCUUGGUGUUUACUGGAGAAGCCUGGGAUGGAAGUUUCACAGAUACAAUUCAAUUUCUGGAUCUUUUUCUCCAAUGCUCUUUGUGCUUUAGCUCUGAACUUGUCCAUAUUCUUAGUAAUUGGAAGAACUGGAGCUGUCACCAUUAGGGUUGCUGGUGUCCUAAAAGACUGGAUACUGAUUGCCCUUUCCACUGUUGUUUUCCCGGAGUCUACAAUAACAGGGCUCAAUAUAAUUGGUUAUGCAAUCGCUCUUUGCGGUGUUGUCAUGUACAACUACAUAAAGGUUAAGGAUGGUCGUACACCUCAGCUCCCUUCGGAUAGUAUUCCUGAGAGAUUAACAAAGGAUUGGAAGUUGGAGAAAAAGUCAUCUGACAUAUUCACCCCGAAUGCCAACAACGAUGCCAACGGAGGAAGCAAUUUCAACGGCUCUGAAUUGAAUGACGAAGAAGCACCUCUACUUUCAUCAAGAAUAUCGCUUUUAGGGCGCCAGCUCAGCAACUCUAGCACUCAACGUGUAUAGAGACUAGAGAACCAUACUAUUUGGACGACAAAGGAAUUGCAAAAAGAAGCCAAUUCACAUAAGCCCUAGCCUUCUAAGUUGAAGGGAAGGGAAAGAGGUAAUUCUUUUGGAAGGGGAUUUGAUUGAUUGAUGUUUCAUACUUAAAAAAAUCAUAGAGCAAAUGUUAUUGUAAUUACUUUUGAUUUGAUUUUUGUAUGCAUGCAUAGCAUGCAAAGAUUAUUGCAAGCUCCGAGACUGCGUAAUUUGGGUGAUUAACUUAUGACACGGGACGAGCUUUACCGUAAGUAAUAUAGCCAGCUUAGUGACACUCUUAUUUGGA